CAUUUUUGGCUGUUGCUACCGCCGUAUCAUCCAGCUACACACCGGAAUACGAAGCUCCCAGCUAUCCUGCCCCAAGCUACCCUGCAACAGCUUACCCCGCACCAGCUUACCCUGCACCAAGCUACAACAAGGAUAACAAAUACGCCGACGUUACCAUCACUAGCCAAUCUGACGAGCGCAACCUCGAUGGCAGCAGCCAAUGGAGCUACGCCCAGUCUGACUACAUAACCCGUGAAGAAUCUCAAGUCCAGAAGAAGAUGCAAGGAGUCGCUUACGAUUCUUACGGAAAGGCCACCUACGAAGAUGUUAUGGGCAACACCAACAAGGGAUCUUCCUACUGGGUUUCACCUGAAGGCGAGAAAGUCACUUUGACCUGGACCGCUGAUGAUGCUGGAUUCCAGCCCAAAGGUGAUCACUUGCCCGUGGCCCCCGUCCAUGAAUACGAGCUCCCAGUUGCUCCCGUCCAUGAAUACGAGCUCCCCGUUGCCCCCGUUCACAUCCCCUUCAAUGGAAAGGGUUACAAGAUUUACUAGAUUUUCCGACACGUGAUUGAAUAUUUAAAGUAUGUCCGAUAAUUUUUGUAUAUCUCGUUGAUCGCAAGCGUG